ACCGUCAUCGGCGUUGCGAUAUCCGAAACACACGAACCGAUACUCCUACGCAGAAAGGCAUUUAUGAGGACACAAAGCACCCACAAUUGGGGACUUUACACGCCCUAUGGUUUCGGCGAACACCCAGGUCAAACCGUCAGUACCCGCUUCAAGCGCACUUUUCCCCAACCUUUGCGCAUACUCCUCUCGCCGUCGUUCUUCUUUACUUCAUUCAUACCUGCUGCAGGCUACGCAAUCUUGUACUUUGAAAUUGCAGUGGGCAUUAUCAUCGCCAUCGCUACCGGAGCUGCAACAAGCGAAAAAUAUGCAACGCUGCAAGCCACAAGGAAUGACACGAGAGCGGAAAAUAGACUGGUUCAACUCUUAUGCUUUUGGCCAUUCACACCCCUGGGGCUCUGUCUAUAUGGAUACUUCUGCGUCAGAAGAUGCAUUGGGCGGGCGCGAUAGUCAGUCUGGAAUUUAUUGGUGCUGGAGUCAUGUUCGCCAUCCAACUCAACGGUCUUUACCUUAUCGACGCAUUUCCUACAAGGUUUAUAUCUGCUACACACGCAAGCAUACUUCUGCAACCGCUAUUGGGGGCGCCAUCCCAUUAUUCUCACAAAAACUGUACGAUUAUGCUAGUCCACCGGACAUAUUCUAUCUUCUGCGGGGCGUUUCAUUCUUUUUGACUGUUGUACCGGGUAUCUUCUCACUCAGAAGAGGAGAGAGGCAGGCGUGAUACCAACGUUCUUGCGUGGAUGAAACGCGCGUAUGGUGCUCGCCUCACUUUCACUUUCAUCGUAAUCGUAGUGUUUGCUAUUGUUCACU